AUGUUCAGUUUUUCCUCUAAAACUGCUAUUUCAUCCAAAUCUCAACAAUACAUACCUACAAAACCUAUGGCUGCUCCUCGUAGGGUUGAACAAUUAUCAGUAAAUUCUCCUCUUAAAAAAGAAAUUGAAAGUAAACCAAAAAAAGAUGAUGAAAAAAAGCCAACCCAAUUGUCGUUGGAUAUGUUUGAUAUUGGAAAACCACUUGGUCAAGGAAAAUUUGGAAAUGUUUAUCUUGUAAAAUACAAAAAAUAUGACUAUGUUUGUGCAUUAAAAGUUAUAUUUAAAAGACAAUUACAAAAAUGCGAGAUGGGAAUUCAAAUGAAAAGAGAGAUUGAAUUACAAUCUCAUCUUAAUCAUCCUAAUAUUCUCAAAUUAUUCGGAUUUUUUGAAGAUAAAAACAGGUGGUUCCUUGUUCUUGAAUAUUGUAAGAAAGGUGAAUUAUAUAGGUUAUUACAACAAGCUGGUCGUUUUGAUGAAAGAAGAGCUGCUCGAUACAUAAAAGCAACAACUGAAGCUUUAAAGUAUUGUCAAGAGAUGAAUUGUAUUCAUCGUGAUUUAAAACCAGAAAACAUCAUGAUAGAUCACAAUGAUCAAGUCAAAUUAGCUGACUUUGGAUGGUCUGUUCAAGCCAAGACAAAAAGAAAUACUUAUUGUGGUACAUUAGAUUAUUUAUGUCCUGAAAUUGUAUUAGAAAAAUAUUAUGAUGGAUCGAUUGGUCAAUGGUGUUUAGGAGUUUUAACAUUUGAACUAUGUACUGGUGAACCUCCAUUUCAAUCUAACAGUCGUGAAGAGGUUAUGAAAAAAGUCAGAAAUGUUAAAUAUUCUUUUCCAAGCUAUCUCACAAAUGAUUGCAAAGAUUUUAUUAACAAACUAAUUCAAUAUGAUCCUUCUAAAAGAAUGAGUUUUGCUGAGUGUUUAGUUCAUCCAUGGAUAGUCAAAAACACAACAAAUUGA